GAGAGCGGCAAUGCGGAAGAUAAUAAACAGCGGCAGUGUGUGUGACCGUGUGUGAGAGAGUGUAAAACCGCGCAGAAGAGCGAGCCACGCCACUAAAGAGGGGUUCCCCUUACCGACAGAGUCAAAGAGUGCACAGGCUGCCAGAGGCGUUUCCCUGCUCAGAGUAACCAGCGGAGGACCCGGGGAGGAUCGGCAGGACUCCCCGAGUACCGGAGAGACUCCGUGGGAACUCUCACAGUGAAAUGACCAGAUUUGAAGCCUGAGCCGAAGCGGAGUUUCGCUUCUCGUCAUUGCGCCUCUACAGCCAGAUCUCAAAUGCCUAAAGAGUGCCGGAGAAAGUCCUCCAAGGACUUCGGGUUUUCUGGGACUGGGAUAAGCGAUGGAGGCCGUGUAGAGAGAAGGGCGGCCGGGAGGUCUCCACAGAUCUGCGCGGAGCUCAUCCAGAAAGCAGCAAUCGUCGCCGCGCCGCCCGCCGCGCCGGCGCUCAUGGAUGCGCCCUUGGUGCCGCAGGUCACCAUCACUUCGGAUGCAGGCGGCACCUCCAGGGAGAUCCAGGAGGAAGACCUGGAUGGGGCUGUGGACGGAACCCUGCGCAGGAAGCUGUCCAACUCGUCCAUCUCCUCCAACGGAUCCUCCGCGGUGGAGUCUGAGGAUGAUCUGCUGAGCGACACCGAGACUCAGAGCAAAGGCCUCGUCACUCUGGAGCACCUGGUGUGCGCAGAGGUGAGCGAGAGUAAAGCUUGGAAGAAGCUGAAGACGUACAUCCGCUGGCCCUUGCAAGCUUCCCAAAAGAAGAAAGUAAACUGGGUCCAGCUAGCUGGGCAUAAGGGAAACUUCAAAGCUGCAGAAGAGGGCACCAUCCUGAAAAAGCUGUCAGAGAACGAGAAGAAGUGUUUUGAGGAUCUGCAAAACGACGCGCUGGUCCAUUUUGUGCCGCGCUACCAAGGAAUUGUGGAAAACGACGGAGAGUUCUUCGUGCAGAUGACCGACCUGCUGGCUGGCUUCAACCAUCCAAAUGUGAUGGACUGCAAAAUGGGACUGAGGACGUACCUGGAGGAGGAGCUUGUCCGGGCGAGAGAGCGGCCCAAGCUUCGGGAGGACCUGUACAAGAAGAUGAUGGAGGUGGACAGGGAAGGCCCAAGUCCUCAGGAGCAUUUCCAGCGCGGCAUCACCAAACCUUGCUACAUGCAGUGGAGGGACACCAUGAGCUCCACCAACACGCUGGGUUUCAGGAUAGAAGGCAUCAAGAAAUACGACGGCACGUGUCGGACCGACUUCAAGAAAACCAGAUCGAAGCAGGACAUCAUCAAACUGUUCAAGGAAUUCGUCGAAGAGGACGUCAGCAUCAUUAAGUCUUACCUGGAGAGGCUGAGGGAGAUCCGGGAAGCGCUGCGAAUAUCCGACUUCUUCAAGAAACACGAGGUCAUCGGCAGCUCUCUCCUCUUCAUCCAUGUCUGCGGCCGUGCCAACGUCUGGAUGAUUGACUUUGGGAAGACUUCAGCUCUGCCUGAAGGUCAGACUUUACGGCACGACGUUCCCUGGCAGGAAGGCAACCGAGAGGACGGAUACCUGCUGGGUUUGGAAAACCUCAUCCUCACGCUGGAGGCUGCUUACAACGAAGGGAGCGGAGAAGAAACCAAAAACAACAGCCUAACUACAGACAGGGACUUUUAAAGGUGGAGGGAACUUCGGUUAUUUUAAAUGGAAGCCACAAAACGACUCUUCGGGUGGGGUUGCAUGCCUUGAUUUGCUUAUAUUGAGCCUUUGCACGUGACGUCACGGUCUUCAGAAAUCCGCCCGCUCCGCCAUGAUGGACGUCGAACAACCUAUACGCUCCAGUAAACAGACAUCUGAGGUCUAAUAUCGCUUUUAUCUAGUUGAUCACACUUUAAAAUGGUCUCUGUCGGCUGUACAGACAAGCGUGAAAACCUAACUUGUCAUUUUAUUUGUAACUUUUAAUGAGGGAGGUCACGGCGGCGAUGGGAAGCCCCUAACCCUAAUCAUAAUGACUGACUGCUCGGUGUAAUCGCCAAGCUAAUUGUAAGUAUACUAAAAUAUUUACAGUCGAAACGAGCUGUUCAUAUAGUUUAUAAGUAAGUAUGAUUAGAAAGAUGAUAUACAAUGUCGCAUUAUGGAGAAAGUACGGUAACCAUGGAAACAGUGCCGCGCCGUCAUGUAGCCUAGCAUGUAUGGGGAAAAAACUGGCUAGCAUCUCGUCUUUUCUACGUUUGUAAGACUUCUUCGGUGUUAAGACAAACGCCGUUCAUGACGUAGUGACAUAAAUCGUCAGGCAAAGUCGACAUGAAAUUUGAUCAGCACGUCAAAGGAAGGUGCAGUCGGUUUCUAAGUUACAACUUUUAUUGGGAAUUGGCAUUACGUUUGCUUACGCCUGGUUACAUAAGCAGACACGCCAAACGCUUGGUUUGGCGUUACGUCUGACGCCAAACAGACAAAUUAGUUGCUUGCCAUAAAAAAGAAGACAACUUAGCCUUACUCGAACAAGUAGAAACCACUGG